AUGAAGGAUAGGCACUCUAAAAGUGCAAGUUAUGAUUCUGAUGAAGAUACAGAUUUAGUCCGUGAUAAUAUUAUAGUUGAACAUGAAAGUGGAUUUAAUCGUUAUUAUGAAGCUUUAGAAAUUUUGGGUACGGGUUUAGCAUCAACAGUUCGAAAAUGUGUUGAAAAGUCUAGUGGUAAGGUGUAUGCAGUAAAAAUUGUUGACAUUUCAACUGAAAAACAAAAUGCUUAUGAAGCUGCUAGACUUAAAGAAGAAACAUUGAGCGAAAUUGAAAUUUUAAAACGAUGUUCUGAUCAUGAAUCUAUUAUUGAAAUGCAUGAUUUUUUUGAAACACCAACAUUUCUUUUUGCAGUUUUUGAAUUAGCUCCACAAGGAGAACUUUUUGAUUUAUUAAACAAAUCUGUUAGAUUAAGUGAAAAGAAAGUUAGAAAUAUUAUGACCCAACUUUUCGAUGGUGUAGCUUACCUUCAUUCUUUAAAUAUUGUACAUAGAGACUUAAAACUUGAAAAUAUUUUAUGUAUCAAUGAUUCGAGAGUUGUAAUAAGUGAUUUUGGGUUUGCUAAGCAAUUAAAAAAAGGUGAAAUGUUGAGAGAUCUUUUUGGAACACCAGGAUACCUUGCUCCAGAAACAUUAAAAUGUCAAAUGUAUGAAAAUCAUCCUGGAUAUAGUUUGGAAGUUGACAACUGGGCACUUGGUGUUAUUAUGUAUACAAUGUUAGCAGGUCAUGCACCAUUUUAUCAUAGAAAACAACUUAUGAUGAUGAGAAUGAUUCAAGAAGGUAAAUUUGAAUUUUUAAAAGAUCAAUGGGAAAAUGUUUCUGCACAUGCAAAAGAUCUUAUUUCUAAACUUUUGGUUGUCAAUGUAGAAGAAAGACUUACUUCAGAAAAAGCUCUUGAACAUCCAUUUAUGACAUUUGAGGGAACUCUUAAACGUAGGAGAUCAUUACGUUCUGGUAUUAUUGAAGAAAUUGCACCACCACCUAAAAAAAAAAAUUUACGUCAACUUUUUAGAGUAGCUAUUAUAUCAGCUAAAUUUCUUCACCGAAUUCAAAAUGGUUGUCUUUUUAGAACAUCGUAUACUAGAGAAGAACUUCGUAAACGACCUUAUCGUUCUAAGGCAAUAUGGUUGGAGGCUGAAGCAGCAACAUUUGCAAUAUAUGGUCAUUGGGUUAAUAGAGGUUUUUUUUAUUCUCGAGACAUGUUAUUUGCUAACAAACCCAAACCGAAAAUGGUUCGAGUAUGA